AUGCAUAAACAACAUAAAAGGCAUGAAUCUGAGUCUAAAAGUCAUAAAACAGUAAAGCAGUCAUUAUUUGAAGAAUUAAAAAAUGACCUUAACCAAAUUCUCCAAAAGUACAAAUGGGUGGAAGAUUACAAUGAUUUUUGGGCAUUUUUAAAAAAAUAUCAAAAUGUAAAAAAACCUGAAUGUGAAAAAGUUAAGGAUCUCAUUUGUUUUAAUUUAGAUGUUAAUUAUAAGCAAAUUCUCAAUCAAGUUUCAAACAGACAUUUAGAUUUAGUAAAACUAAAGGAAUUUUUUUCAAUAGUUCUAGCUUAUUUAAACUUCAAGCAAAUUGAAAAAUUUAAUAAGUUAAAACAGAUUCGAAAAAUACAAAAUGAAUUACCAGUUUCAGUAUACGAGAGUGAAAUCGUUGAAAGCUUAAAAAGAGAUAAUGUGUUAAUUAUAGCAGGAGAUACUGGAUGUGGAAAAUCAACACAAAUACCGCAGUUUCUGAUGAGGAAUGGCUUUGGAAGUAUAGCUUGCACACAGCCUAGGCGAUUGGCAUGUGUAUCUUUGUGUUCUCGUUUAAAAUAUGAAACAUUAACUCAAUUUCAGAAUAAAAUUGGAUAUCAGGUUCGUUUUGAAAGAGCCAAAAACAAAGAUACAAAAAUAGUUUUUUUAACAGAAGGCCUUCUUGUUAGACAAAUGCUUUCUGAUCCUGGACUUUCUUCUUAUGAUGUAGUUAUUUUAGAUGAAGUUCAUGAACGUCAUAUUCAUAGCGAUUUCGUCCUUGGCUUGUUAAAAUGUCUCAUAACAAAAAGGGAUAAUUUGAAAUUAGUUUUAAUGUCGGCUACAAUUAAUAUUAAUCUUUUUAGUGAUUAUUUUGAUAAAAAAGCUAAAGUCAUUGAAAUUCCAGGAAGGCUAUUUCCAGUGCAAGUCAUUUAUAAACCUGUUUUUGAAGAUGAUUCUAAAAAAAGGAGCAAAGUGGAUGCCACUCCCUAUUUGCAAAUUAUGAACAUAAUUGAUGAAAAAUAUCAUAAUGAAAAAGGAGACUUACUUAUAUUUAUGAGUGGAAUAUCAGAAAUUAUGUGCCUGGCAGAUGCGAUAAAUGAAUAUAGGAAAAAAAGUCCUAAUUGGAUUGUUUUGAUGCUCCAUAGUUCUUUACCAUUAAGCGAUCAAGACAAAGUUUUUGAUUAUGCUCCAGAAGGAUACAAAAAAUGUGUUAUAUCUACCAACAUUGCCGAAACAUCUAUAACCAUUGAUGGUAUCCGGUUCGUUAUUGACUCUGGAAAAGUAAAAGAAAUGUUUUAUGAUACCGUUUACAAAAUUCAAAGGUUAAAAGAAUUUUGGAUAAGUCAAUCAUCCGCAGAACAAAGAAAAGGAAGAGCAGGCCGUACAGGGCCUGGAAUUUGUUAUCGAAUUUAUUCCGAAAAGGAAUAUUUGACUUUUGAAGAGUAUUCUCUGCCUGAAAUCAAAAAAUCACCAUUAGACACUGUUUUAUUGCAAAUGAUUAAUUUGGGUUUAUCGGAUGUUCGUAAAUUUCCUUUUAUCGAAGAGCCUAAUAAACAAGACCUUGAAAAUUGUAUAUUAAGUCUUAAGCAACAAAGAGCAUUAACUGAUGAUGAAAACAUUACUGAAAUUGGUAAAACGUUAACAAAUCUUCCAGUGGAACUAACAAUAGGAAAAAUGCUCAUAAUUGGUUCAGUUUUCUGUCAAGUGGAUACAACCAUUGUUUUAUCUUCUGCUUUAAGUAUUCCCUCUCCUUAUACGAAUGAAGCAUUUAGAAAUUUCGAUAUGGAGAAUUUACGAAAAGAUUUUGAAUCUAAUCACGGAGAUCCUUUAACGAUAUUAAAUCUUUACAGAGAAUGGUUAAUUAUAAAGAGAGAAAAAGAGGAUUCAAGACGAUGGUGCAAAAAAAGAGGUUUGGAGGAACAAAGGUUUUACGAAAUGACAAAAUUAAACCAUCAAUUUCGAGAAAUAUUGACAGAAAGCGAAUUAUUAGAAUUAAAUGAACCCGAGCCAACGACAAGCCAUGAAAGAAUGAUUCGUCAGGGUGAAGUUAAACUUUUAAAAAGGCUUAAAGCAAACUAUUCAAAAUCUCCAUCGAGAAAAAGAUUAAAACCUGAUUUUUACGAAGUUGAAAACGAUUCGGAAAAACUAGAGCCAGACAUAAAAGAUAUUGAAUUCAGGCUUAAAAACGAUGGUAGCAAAGUUCGAGAACUACUUAAUGGUAUCCAUGUGACGUCAUAUAAGGAUUUAGCCAUUUUAAAAAUAGUUUUUUGCUCUGGUUUAUAUCCGAGAUUUGCUAUCGCUGAUGAAUUUAAUAUAUGUAGAAGUGAUCAGUUUUUUCAUACCAAAAUCAAAUCUCACGUUUCUUUACACCCAUUUAGUUAUUUUGGUUUGCAUCCGGAUGCUCUAAAGCUUGAGGAUCAAGACAUUUUCAAUCCCACAUCCGAUAUUAAAUAUUCUACAAAAACUUUUUCAUCAAAACAUAAAAUUCUUUGUUAUUUUACAAUGUUGGAAACGACAAAAGUUUAUUUAACGAAUAUGAUUCAAAUGCCGGCUUUGCAGUCUUUUUUACUUUUUUCUAAAAAUAUUGAUACAAGUUUCAACCUAUCAAAAUUUGUAUUCGACGGUUGGAUUUUAAUUGAAAUUUUAAAUCCUUUACAAUCGGAAACUUUGUUAAUAAAAUUAAUAAAUUUACGAACAAGAUGGGAUUCUUUGGUUUCAAAAAGGUUAUCUCGUUGUCAAGUUGAUAGAGCACAAAUAAUUAAAUUAACGGAUGAUAUGAUUACUUUUCUCAACACUGACAUCAUUUACGGUAUAAAACGUUUACUACCUGCAGAUUUAAAAUAUUUAUAUACUGGGCCAACGGAUUUUGAAUUACCAGAUAAUUGUUUCGAUGAGAAUUUUUCAAUGAAAAAAAAUGAUGUUAAAGGUGGAAUUUGCGUGAGUGAAUUUUUAAAUUACAAUUGUUUGGUACCCAACGAAAGAGAAGAUUUUUAUGCUUCGGAUACUUUUCAUUGUUCAUCUUGUGAUAAUAAAUAUGAAUUUAACUGUUUAGAAAGAAUUCAACAUAGGAAAAAAUGUGAAAAACCUUCAGAGUGUACAAUCAAUAAUUAUAUUGAAAAAAAAGAAAAAGGUGAAAUUUAA